AAAUAUCAAGUUCAGCAGCUUGUCUCUCAGUCUUUCAACUACCCUCCAGUUGAAACAAGCUCUCGGACAAACGUGCAGUUGUUCCGUGGUUUAGUCAGUUUGGACCGGACGACAUCCGGGGUGUCUACCCAUCGCAUUUAGCAGUGCAUGCGCUGCCCUGCGUCCAUAUCGUGUGUUGGUUUUGGGAAGGUCAAGAAAUCGUCUGCACGUUUACGCAAAGUGGAGGAAAACUGAUCAACUUUUAGAGCUGAGAUCAGCUUGCUCAAAUACCAAAUUGUUGUCAUCGUAUCCUAUUUCCGACUUCCCUGCUCCUGCGUGGUGUGAAGGAUGGGCCUCUGAUCUCACACCCACUGUGGGAACUGUCAGCGCUGCGCUGUAAUUGGCUGGCUGAUUUUCGGUGUUCGUGGUCAUGGCCAAGAGCCCAGAGGUGAAACUGGCCGUGUUCGGCAGAGCAGGGGUGGGAAAAUCCGCUCUGGUGGUGAGGUUUCUGACCCGACGCUUUAUCUGGGAGUAUGACCCAACUCUAGAGUCAACAUAUCGCCAUCAAGCCAACAUUGACGAUGAGGUGGUGGCCAUGGAGAUCCUGGACACGGCAGGGCAGGAGGACACCCAGCAGAAGGAAGGCCACAUGCGCUGGGGCGACGGCUUCGUCAUCGUCUACGACAUCACGGACCGCGGCAGUUUCGAGGACGUGGCGCCCCUGCGGAGCCUCCUGGAGGACGUGAAGAGGCCCAAGAACGUCCCGCUGGUCCUGGUGGGCAACAAGGCCGACCUGGACCACGCCAGGCAGGUGGGCACGGAGGAGGGCGAGCGCCUGGCCGCCGAGAUGGCGUGUGCCUUCUACGAGUGCUCGGCGUGCGCCGACGAGGGCGGGGCGGUGGCAGAGGCGUUCCACGAGCUGUGCCGCGAGGUGCGGCGCAGGAAGGCCGUCCAGGGGAAGGCCAGGAGACGCAGCUCCACCACGCACGUCAAGCAGGCCAUCAACAAGAUGCUGACCAAGAUCAGCAGCUAGAGGGCGCCCCUGCGCACAUCUCACCGCCACGGACGGUAGAAGAACUGAGGAGGUGUGAAUAUGACUCUUUCUUUUUUUGUCGGUGUAUAAAAUCAAAGGGGGCCGAUGUUUUUUUUGUUCCCACCGCGCCGGUGACCCGUGGCUUUAAGGGACGUUGUUUUGUUGGUUGAUGCAUGACCAUGUUGCUAUGCUGAGGUCACAGGUCACAGGCAGUGGAACAUCCGCAUUAGAUGGGGAACAGGUCUCUGGGGGAUGGGAUCGGUUGAGGCAGUCUGGACCAUGGGACCUCUUCUAUGCAGGACCAGUGGUUCUGAGCCCUCUAAACAAUGCUGGGAAAUUCUACAAAAUGGCUGUCAACACGAUGUGAAUACUCCAGUUUUGUAACCUAUAGCUUCACCAUCUUGAACGACAUAAAAGAAAAUGCUAAGUAAAGCUAAACAAAAACAGAUAUACCGGGCUGCAUAAAAUGUACAGCAUGCCAAGAACUCCACCUUUGUUUAUCAUAAAUGAUGGACAAAUGAUUAGUAGUUUCCUCUGCCUAGUUUGUUUGUAGGGGAAUGUUUUGACAUGCUGUGUGGGCCCUGUGUAUGUGUGUUUCUUCUCAGAGCAGUGUUGAAUGACUCGGUGAAACACCAACAGCGUUAUCUUCCCCUCCGAUCACUGAGCCCUCCACUGAGGCUCUCUGGCCUUCGGUUCUGGUUGACCUUCUAGAGUUUCAUUAAGCCCUUAUACACACACACACAUGCACACACAGACAUCCAACCAAACACACACAUUAACACACCCCACCACGCAAACACACACACACAUACCACCGCAUGCACACACCACCAAACACAUGCACACACACACUCCACAAACAUACGCUCAUGAUGAUGAAAUCCAUCAUGCUAUGUUAACAUCAAACAAGUCUCCCCCAACCUCCAACCCCCAUACCAAACCAUGCCACCCUUAUGCCGGUUCAGAAGAUGGCUGCAGAUGCUAUCUCCUGCUUUUCAAAGAAGAACAAGAUCAUGGUGGAAAGGGGCCUAUGUAAAAUUAUAUAAAUAUAUAUAUAAACAUAAUAUAUAUUUAUAUAUGCAUAAAGUAUAUAUGUGUAUGUAUAUAUGUCCGGUAAUCAAAGCUCGUUCUCUUAGAUUAGAGGGAUUGUGAUUUAUUCAGUCACAUUCCAGGGACCUCCUUCAUUGGGUGUCAUUUUACCUUUAAAUGUAAACUAUGUAUGAUAUUGCCUUAAUCAGUGUCGACUUUGAAGACGUUUUAACGAUAUACAACUGUAAUAGCGUUUUAACCAGACACUCUGUUUCUUUGUUGUUUUGAAAUGUACCUGAUAUGUUUCUGCCUUUCCCUGUGUGGGAAUCUCCCCACCUUUAGUGUGCAACUGUACUUAAAACAACAUUAAACACCCUCUGUCUAUAA